AAUUGCUGAUGAGAUAUUUACGUAUAGAUGUUUGUUUGUUUGUAAAUAUAUUUUCUUUGAAUCCAUGACUUUGGAAGGCGCAGACAAAGAGUUGCAACUUGCAACAGUUUUAUUGUCUUGUGCUUCUGUCUCAAGAUAAAUCUCACCGUUUAUCACUUUAUUUCUGUAUCAGAAUUGGUUUUCUUCUUUAAUCCAUGGCAGCUCGCCGGAUAUCUUCUCUAAUCUCUGCUUCUCUUCUUCUCUCUACAGGAAGGAAUCCUAGCAGGGGAAGAAGCAUAUACAGGUUUAGUACUGCAACAGUUGCUGAGGAACUAAUCACACCACCUGUUCAGAUAUCCUACACACAACAUUUGAUCAAUGGUCAAUUUGUUGAUGCAGCAUCUGGGAAAACAUUUCCAGCAUAUGACCCUCGAACUGGAGAGGUAAUUGCUCAUGUGGCUGAAGGUGAUGCCGAAGAUAUAAACAGGGCAGUAGCUGCUGCUCGCAAAGCAUUUGAUGAAGGACCAUGGCCUAAAAUGAUCCCUUAUGAAAGAUCGAGGAUACUCUUGCGUUUUGCUGAUUUAGUUGAUAAGCACAAUGACGAGCUUGCAGCUUUAGAGACAUGGAAUAAUGGGAAGCCUUAUCAACAGUCUGCCAAAUCUGAGGUACCGAUGCUGUCACGUCUAUUUCGCUACUAUGCCGGCUGGGCAGACAAGAUCCAUGGGCUAACAGUUCCUGCAGAUGGUAAUUACCAUGUACAAACGUUGCACGAGCCUAUUGGAGUUGCAGGGCAGAUAAUUCCGUGGAACUUUCCUCUUAUCCUGUUUGCUUGGAAAGUUGGUCCUGCAUUAGCUUGUGGUAAUACUGUUGUUCUUAAGUCAGCAGAACAGACACCUCUUACUGCACUCUAUGCUGCAAAGCUAUUUCUUGAGGCUGGUCUUCCUCCGGGUGUUUUGAAUGUUGUUUCAGGGUAUGGUCCGACUGCUGGGACAGCCCUUGCGAGUCACAUGGAUGUAGACAAGCUUGCGUUCACAGGAUCAACUGAAACUGGUAAGAUAGUGCUUGAAUUGGCUGCAAAAAGCAAUCUCAAGCCAGUUACAUUAGAGCUUGGAGGAAAAUCACCUUUUAUUGUCUGCGAGGAUGCCGACAUUGAUAAGGCUGUGGAGCUUGCACACUUUGCUUUAUUCUUUAAUCAGGGUCAGUGCUGCUGCGCUGGGUCUCGGACAUAUGUACACGAGCGUGUAUAUGAUGAAUUUCUAGAGAAAGCCAAGGCCCGUGCCAUGAGACGAGUUGUUGGCGAUCCUUUUAAGAAGGGUGUUGAACAGGGACCUCAGAUCGACUCGGAGCAGUUUCAGAAGGUCCUUAGGUAUAUAAAAUCUGGCAUUGAAGGCAAUGCUACUCUGGAAUGUGGGGGUGAAAGGUUUGGCUCCAAGGGAUACUUCAUCCAGCCCACUGUUUUCUCAAAUGUUCAGGAUAAUAUGCCGAUAGCGCAGGAUGAGAUCUUUGGCCCAGUGCAAUCAAUCUUAAAGUUCAAGGAAGUUGAUGAAGUAAUAAGAAGGGCGAAUACUACAAGAUACGGUUUAGCUGCCGGUGUGUUCACGAAGAACAUCGAUACGGCCAACACAGUGUCAAGAGGACUGAGAGCAGGAACAGUGUGGGUGAACUGCUUUGAUGUGUUUGAUGCCGCGAUUCCUUUCGGUGGAUAUAAGAUGAGUGGUAUAGGCAGGGAGAAGGGUAUCUACAGCCUUAACAAUUACUUGCAAGUAAAAGCAGUUGUUACUCCUUUAAAUAAUCCUGCCUGGUUGUAACUUCAUUUCCAAGCUAAAUCAUGCCAGGAUCCAAAUCGAGCACGUGACGGACACCUGAAAUUUGAAUAACUAACAUUUGCUUCCCAUAGAUUAAAGACUAGGCAGUGCAAAAGAAGUCAACUUUGAGAAGGUGGUAACUUGUUCAUAGUGUAUCCUUGUAAAUUAGACGUAAUGACUUUUUGGAUGUAUUUAUAGUCGUGUAAAUAGAAGUUGUUGAAUAACAAUAAUGUUAUCGUCUAUUUAAAAGUAUUUACUUUAAGUUUA